AUGAACGUCAGGUCUGCCGCGAUGCCUGGCAGAGGCCGUCGCACUCCUGGAAAACCUGGCCGCUUUGAUCCUUCUGAGCCGCUGCACAUGACAACACGACAUGCAAAGCGCAACGGCAUUUCGAACGGCACGCCAUCUGCUAAUGGCUCUGUGGAGGAUGAUGAGAGUCGUCGUGGCUCUCUCGACGAUCUUCGUCCAACAACCUCGCACAGCCUUGGCAGUCAGACCUCCGCCAAGGGUAGACGAGUUUCCGGGACUUCUACCAAUGGUGCUUCCGACGUGAACAUGUCGCUCGAGACUGAGUCUUCUGCGGAGAAGCUGGAGCGCAUCAAGAAAAAGCCAACAUCACCCGUCGAUCAACAGAUUUCGCCUUCCCGGAAACGGAAGAGGUCGACUCCAACGCCUCCAUUUCCUUCAGAUGCCAACGGAGAACUCACCCCACCCAGCAAAAGAAUCGAGUAUCGGGAUCCUCGCGAUGCCAUGGAAGCCGGAACUUUCGAAGACCUUUCCGAUAGAGAGUCCGAUGUUGCCUUGAGAGACGCCGGCGGAGAUUUCCUGGGAGUCGCGCAAUCUACAGAAUUGACCCCAUCGGGUACACCAGCAGGCUCGGAAGCAGUGUCGCCUGUGUCGGAUGAUUCCACUUCAGGAAUGGGCUUUCGGAGCAAGGACACAGAAGCUGCAUUCGGUAAAGCUCUCAAGGCUGCCGAGGCGAACGAGUUGGAAAUGGACGACGCUGAAGAAAUUGCGGAAGCUGACGAUAUUGACGACGUUGAAGAUCUGGAAGAUGUCGACGAUGGUGGUAGAGCGGAUGAUGAUGAUCGGCCCCGUCGAAAGUUAGCUGGGAGGCGACGAGCAGACCAUCACGACCCUGAUAUUGAGGCUCUGAUGCGGCGACAACUUCAACUGAAGUCUGCUUAUCGGUCGAUUGCUCGAGCUUUGAAGCCUGUACUUGCCGAGAUUGCCCGAAAGACAGUCGAGGAUCUAGAGAGCAACCCGGCGCUACAUGAGCAGGUGGCCGAGUACCAGGGAACAGAUGAGAUGCCUGGAAUUCAAAAGGUGCUUGACGACGCUUUGGCCAGAAGAAAAGCUCAGCUGGAUGCUCAGUACAAGUGGAGCAAGCAGUUGUUGUACGAGAAGAGGCAAGGCGAGGUCGAGGUCCGCGGAGCAAGGUGUGACUUGCAAAUCGAAGACUUCCGCCAGUUGCAACUCGACCGGCUCCAGCAUGACAUCUUGGUAAUUACGAGGCAAGCCCAGAUGGAAAGUGGCAAUGCUGGUUACGAGACUGAAGACGAGGAUGGCGAUGUCAUCCCAAUGCCCAAGCAAACCGCCUAUCGAUUUGUGAGGUCCGACGCUCUGGACGCAAGAUACGACUCCCGGAGUCGCCUCGCCCUCGAGUCCGAGCGCGCCAUUGAUAACCUCCAAUUGCGAGUGGACAUGAAUGAGAUGAUACGAGAAGCUCGAAAAGAAGACGCUUUGAGAAAUACCGUUGGAUUCACAGUCAUGGACAGCACUGCACGCGAGGCUGCACAGGCUCGAAAUGAGAGCAUCAAUAACACGAACGUUCUCGCCGCGGCUGCUGCGGAGACUGAACGUAUCUCAAGCAUUCCGGUAAUACCCAAUGACGAGGCAUAUGGCUUGCAGAUGCUCGGAGAUCUUUGCUCGCGACCUUCAAUCAGGGCCACUACAUCGCAAGCCACACCCAAGCAGGGCCGUGACGCUUUCAUGGACUCAUACGCGCCUACUCAAAUGCCUCCGCCGCCAUUACCGCCUCCCUUUACGCAUGAGGGCGCCUAUGAAAGACCUACCAGAUCACAUCCAGCUCACGAGAGCUUUCGUUCUCCACCACCGGCUUCACGGCGUCUGCCAACCGGCGAAUACCCGCUACAUACCUUCAGCAAUGAGCCUGUGACACAGUCACCCGGGUCUCACCGUGAUGUAGCGCCAGUAUCUCCGAUUACCAACCGAUCACAUGACGGUGAUUAUCGUUUGCGGAAGGGAUCCCUCUCCUUUCCUCCAACGCCAAAUCAAGGCAGUGUUGAAGAUGGCAGCCCGAGUCGGACACAUCGGUUCGGAAAGCUCCAUUCUCGGAAUCAUUCGACUCAUUCAAUGGGCUCUCCAUCACACGCGCGCACGCCAUCUCGAGAAGGUCUAACCUGGGAACAAUAUCAUCGUCCACUUAGCAUUGACCAGGAAUCAAGACCACCGCCCACGUUUGAACGCAACAUUCACGAGUUCUCGCAUUCGGGCCCACUGAGCAUUGAGAGAGUUGAACCGGUCGAGCAGAAAGAUGACGAAGCCCGGAUCCUACAGCAGCCUGAGAGAAAGGAGGCUGUAUCACCGUCGGAUCAUCUGCUCCACGUGAGACGUGCACCACCUUUCGAGCCCCCAAGCAACCCUGGUGCUGCUGAUUCGAGGGGCACCGUAGCAUCUUCUCCGGUCCUGCCAUCUAGGAAUCCGCUUCGGAUAGAAGAGCUGGCCGGAAGGACCGAUGCUCCGCCCAUUGAAUAUACCCCGGGGCAAGACGUAUCCGCUCAGCCUGAGACAAGCCCUCAGCUACAAGAUGCUGUGCAGGAAAGAGACGAAACGAAACAAGCUGAGUCUCUGCCUGUCGAAUCACAGGAUGAUGGUGCACCAGAGGAUGCCGCUCAACACGAAUCACUCCCGCGGCCGGAACAGCCUGGGCAUCCCGAGAAGCACGAGCAAAGCGUCCAGACUCUCGAUGGCGCCAGAGUGACAGAUGCCUCUCACGACAGUUCAGGGAAGAAGUCUCGGUCUCGAGCUUCUUCCAUAAUUAGCCAGUCUACAGGGACGGAGGUAACCGACGAGACUAGUGUUGGUGACUCUGCGCCCCGCAAGACGAGGCAUAAAAGCACGAGAAGCGGUUCCACCUCCAAGACCAGUAGGGGAGAUCGCAACGGCCUCUCACGGAAGCUAUUCAAGACUGGGGGCAAGAGGCACACGAUAGGGAGCCCAGGUGGCCCUCAGAUGCAUCGCUUCCGACUCAACACGGUGGAGAGCACACCACCAGGAGCACGUUGGCCUGGAGCGGCAGGAGCGUCAGGAGCUACACCGGCCGCUCCUCCCCCACCCCACGAGUAUUAUGGACAAAGCGCGUACAGCGGACACCCGCCUCCCCCUGGAUAUGCAAUGCAGUUCGCGCCGGGAAGCUAUCCGUAUCAGUAUCCUUGGGAUUACCACGCGUAUCAACAUCGCAACAGCUUUCCACCGCCCCAUCCCGCCACCAGCCCAAGCGGUCAUUGGCCUCCGUACCCUCAGACACAGAGUCCGCUGUACGCUGUCCCUCAAGGAACGCAGCCACCACCACCGCCGGGACCAGGACCGGGAGCGGCGUCGCCAGAGCCAUGGCCGCCCGGGAUCCCCAUCGACCCUGCCAUCAUGGGACCUAACCCACAAAGCCCACUGAUGCAGCAUCCACCACCUCCACCGACAUACGUACAAGCGCGGGCAGCACCCAUCGCACCAGCGACUCCUGACACACGGUACCCUCCACUCUUCCCGGGAGGUCCAUCCAACCACGCACCAGCAUUUGCGCAGCAGCAGAGGCAACACGAGGGAGAAAAUCGGAAGAAGUCGAAGUCGGAGGUUCGUGGGAGCACAUUUAAACACUGGGCGCCCAAGGCGUCACGAGAACAGCGAGAUCGAGAACGGGCGGAGCGAGAGCAACGGGAGCAACGCUGA